AUGAGGAAGAAAGUGGCGAUUGUUGGAGCUGGUGUGAGUGGCCUGGCCUCCAUCAGAGCCUGUUUGGAAGAAGGGCUUGAGCCUACCUGCUUUGAGAGGAGCAAUGAUGUUGGAGGCUUAUGGAAAUUCUCAGACCAUGCAGAAGAAGGAAGAGCCAGUAUUUACCAAUCUGUAGUCACCAACUCUUGCAAAGAAAUGAUGUGUUUCCCAGACUUCCCUUAUCCUGAUGACUAUCCUAACUACAUGCAUAACGCUAAGCUCCAGGAAUAUAUAAAAAUGUUUGCUCGAAAAAAGAAUCUUUUAAAAUAUAUACAAUUUGAGACACUAGUCACUAGCAUAAAGAAAUGUGCCAAUUUCCCAGUCACUGGUCAGUGGAAUAUUGUCACUGAAAGGGAUGGAAAACAGGAAUCAUCCAUAUUUGAUGCUGUGCUGAUUUGCUCAGGACACCACGUGUACCCCAAUCUGCCAGUUGAUUCCUUUCCUGGUAUAAAGAAAUUUAAAGGGCAAAUUUUGCAUAGCUGGAAAUAUAAACAUCCUGGAAAUUUCAGAGACAAAAGAGUGGUUAUGAUUGGCCUGGGGAACUCUGGAGCAGAUAUCACUGUGGAUCUCAGCCAUGCCGUGAAAAAGGUUUUCCUCAGCACCAGAUCAGGAUCAUGGAUAAUCAGCCGUGUUUCAUGUAAUGGUUACCCAAUGGAUGUUACAUAUUUUACUCGAUUCAAAGCUAUCAUCCACCAUAUUAUUCCCAUGUGCCUACUGAAUAUGUGGGAAGAAAACAAAGUGAAUUCAAGAUUCGAUCACAUAAACUAUGGCCUGAAACCUUCCCACAGGCUGCACUAG